CACUUUUUUCUCUGCGGUGGUUACUUUAGCACAUAAUAUAAGUCUUUUUCUUAGUAUUUCAACGACUUUGAGGAAAGCGAAAUAUCAAACGGAGAAGCUGUAGUUGUAGCUCAGAUCCGUUGUUGAGCAAUCAAGACAGCAAAAAGGUUCCGCCUUCGGCAAGUUUUGCUCCGUCCCAUUCCUGUGCCCAGAUCAGCCAACCCCUCCGCUCAACACCACCAACAGAUCACGUGUGUCUGUAUUCCGGGUAGUGAUACCUUCACCCCCACCACCACCAGCAGCAGCAGCUCUCUCACUGUCUGAGAUCUAACCUCGGCACCACCGCCCUCCACCUUCGCUCAAACCCACCACCAAUCUAUCAUCAUGUCUGCUGAAUGGCAACACGGUCUCUUCGGCUGCUUCGACAACAUCGGCCUGUGCAUCAUCAGCUACUUCGUGCCCUGCUACCAGUUCGGCAAGAAUGCUGAGGCGAUCGGCGAGUCCUGCUUCACCUGCGGCUUGGCCUACAUCCUGCCCAUCGCCAACAUCAUCGCCGCCCUCAAGAUUCGCGGCAAGAUCAGGGAGCAGCGGGGUAUAGCCGGCUCCACCUUCAAUGACCUGUUGCUCAUCUGCUGUUGUCCACUCUGUACUUUGGUCCAGGAGGCCCAAGAGGUCCAGGUCCCUGGCGCCCAGUCCAUGGCCAGAGAGUAGGACCAGAGCGCUCGGAGCUAGUUCUAGUAUUUCAAUUAAUUGUUUCAUCUAAAGCUGUUAACAAUUACUAUUAUUAUUAAAUUUCAUUGGAUACAAAUGUUAUUAUUUUACUUUUUUUUUGUUCGUUUAAUGAACUCUCCAUCGUAUAACCGUAUAAUUUUCAUUUUUUAUACUAUUUUUAAAACAAGAAGACAAAGCAUACUCUGUAUUUUCUCAUCCUUAAUCUCGUGAAAUGCCCAAACUGCUCUCUAAGUGACUGCUGGGCGUAUGGUACGUGUAUGUCCAUGUAUGCAAUGUAUUUUGUUAUUUCCAUACUCUCCGCUCACAAUACCUUAGCUCAUUGACCAACUGACACCACGUGCUGCCUGAAUGUGAACUUGUUGGUAGAUUCUGCCUGACCGAGUCUGGGAGUACAAAGAUUAUAAUCUAUAUUUGAAUUAAGUAGGUAUAGAGAUCUAUCACUGUGUGCAUUUCUGUCUUUUCAUUUGCAUCGCGUCGUUGUCAUUGUUUGACUGUGAAGUAUUUAAACGUCAGUCACUUUUGUAUGUAAAAAUAUGACUGCCUGACUGUAGCAUUCAGACAUCAGUCACUGUUGUGUAUAAAGAUGCCAUCAGAAAGUUUGGUACCGUACUUGUACAAUAUAUACAACACGACCUCUUGAGUUAAGUUCCACCUAACAUCUUGUAGCAGUUACUUCAUGCAAGGAAUGAUGUAUGAAUUAAGAUGGUUCUGAGGGCAUUGGUUGUAUAAACGACUAAAGGAUGAUCACAUAAAUCAAAUAGCAAACAUCUCAUGCUUCAUAAAAUGUGUACAUGAUACAUAAAAUUAAGCCCAAAUAAUUGGUCAUCAGCACUUGCAGAGGGCUCGAUAUUAUCUACGUGUCAGUUUCAAGUAGGAUCACACCAGGAUUGGAUGUGUGGGUGGUCAUUCAAAUCGAUAGACUACAUGUUAGCCUGGAAGCCUGGGGCGUCAGUAAUCUGUGACCACAGGAUGUCAAACACCGAGUAUUGAAUGAAACAAGAGAGAUCAAAUAACGUUACUCAGUAAGAAUUGGGUUUCUGGGUCACUAAAGUAAAUGAAAAUAUUGAUUCUACCCUGCCCCAAUCUCUAACAAUGUGUGAGUGAGUUAAGUAAUAGCCUACUCACGUUUUGAUUUGAGUUGUUGGGAAGUCGAAGUAACGUCUGUGUAAAAAGCAACUGUAUACAUGUGGCGCUUGCGGUCAAGGCGAGGCAUGUUAACCCUUUUCUGCUGCCACGAGAAGACAUAACAUCAUCAUACUGUAUUACCAUCAGAGCGAGCACACGGCGGAUUGGAAGUGGCUUACACUACAGUUUCCACUGUCAGAUUGUUUUGCACGUCCAAUGUUAGAUCAAUAUCGGAUGCCUGCAGUGUACCCGCUUUUGUAUCAUUUGACAAACAACGGGUAAUUGUAGUGACCAAUGUGCUUACAUUCCUUUGGUUUAUAAUAUAAAUCAAAGGUAAAUUGCCAUCCCACGAAUAGAUCCAAACAAAUUGGUCAAUAUGUUUCCAUCUCAUACAAAGUUCUUUCUGGUUUUAAUAUGCAGCACCUGGCCACUCAAAAUUCCAGCCGAGGAUACUCUAAGUAACAGUUUUAGUUGUUUUGUUUGGAUUUGUUUUUUCUUAUUUGAAGAUCAGCCUGUUGUACACACAAACACAUCAGUCUGUUGUACACACAAACACAUCAGUCUGUUGUACACACAUUAAGUAUUCGUUUGUUCUCCAACUCGGUGAUGCUCAUGGGUCAGCCGCCAUCAAGUUUAUUUUGAUGUGUGGCUUUGAAUGUUUUACCCAUUCAUUCAUUCAAUCAUUUUCACUGAACAGCUGCUAAUGUUGAACCUGCAGUUUGUCUAAGUUAGAUGCGUGAUUUUUCUGAAGUGGGUGUACUACGAUCUGCUCUCAAAGUGAAGACAAGAUUAGAAGACAAGAUAAGGUCCUUUGGCUUUUAGGUAGUUUUUAUCGAGUAAAUUCGAUCGUUUCUACAAUUCAUGCUGACUAAUAGACUAAUAGCACUUUGUGGCAAGAAUAAAGGGAAAAGAGCAAGCGUUAUUUUCUUGUUUUGUUGUGGAUCUUUUGCAAACAGAAAAAUUGUGAUAACAUUGUCCCUUGCUAAAGUAAUUGUCUCUGAUAACAAAGAAAAAAGUAAAUAUACCACUCGUCUUGUUAAUUUAUGCCUUAUCAUUUCUUAGAUUGCUUUCAGGGGAAUCUACUUCACUUGGGCGCACGUGUGUGUGUGUGUGUGUGUGUGUGUGUGUGUGUGCGUGCGUGCGUGCGUGUGUGUGUGCGUGUGUGUGUCUGAGUGUGAGUGAGAGAGAGAGAGAGAGAUAGAGAGAGAGCACAUUUGUAUGUGUGCAAUAUUUGUUUUUGUAAUGCACACAAGUGUGAAAAGAAGAGGGUAUUGAAAGGUGUAAGGACGGAGAAGAGAGACAAAAAAAGGUGAGGAUAGUUGACGGAAAAGAACAAAAUCAGCCAUGCUGUCCAAUACUCAUGCGUCCCCAUUUCAAGCACACCUGGGCCUCUGGAUGCAUUUUUAGACCAGGGUGGGGAGAGGGGGGAGUGGUGGGUGGAUAAACUUUGUUGUUCAGCCAGUCUCUUGUCACAGCCGAUCGCUCUGCUGAUGUCUCCCAAAACUCUUUAUACAAUAGUCCUACGUUCCUCCUACCUUCUGAUGCUGUUUCUUCCUCACAGUUCCUUUACAAAACAUUGCUGCUACUACUUUGUGUAAUCAAAGUCACUGUAUUAUUUUUUUACGUACAGAAAUAGUAGUACCGAUUUUUAGUAGGUGGGUAACUAUUUUUUAUACAUUUUUCUUGCCUUUACUUUUGCUGAAAUUCGCAGCAUCUUCUUAUUCAUGAUAUAUUAUUAUCAGUUGCCUUUUUACUGCUGUACAACCAACACACAAUGGUACUCUUUUUAUUGAGAAAUAACUUACAAAGAAAGAAACAAACUUCCUCAAAUGUUAUGUAUGGUAUUAACGCAUGAUGUGUAUUAUAUUAUUAUUCUCCUUAAUAAAUGUGGAAAACGUGUCUUAUGUAAAUGUUAACUAUGUCAUGUACAUGUACAUUCAUAUAAAUCCUUUAUUUCCUGAGGAUAGAUUGUAACCCUGAUGACGUCACGUCCCUCGAGGGUUAAUGCUUUGCCUUACUUCUUCUUCGUUUCAUCGCUCGUAAUCCCUUACGCUUUUAGCUGUGCAUUGAUGUAGUCGGUGUUUACCAUGGUGCUUAACAGAAGUUACUCAUUUGUGGUUUGCAACAUUCUUUAGAAAAAGCGUCCGUCAAAACCAUGCUCUUCGCAGUCAACAUCACCUUUAAAAUGGUAUAAAUUAUGAUCAAAUAAACAGCCCAGGAGCAACAUUUUUAAAACAAAACGAAAACGAAAACAAACAAAAACUGUCUGGCGUUUGAAGACCUUUUUGGUGAAGGAAACAACUCUGGAUCAAUUCCUUGCCGGAAGUAGUGUCACCAGACAGAGACUCACUUCCGGUGAAGCGAAGCCACAAAUUUAGCUCCGUUUAGGCUGUCUUUGGAGUGGUUUUCGAGCAGUGUGAAAGCGAGCCAAAAGAUCUUUCGCAGAUCAUUGAUGGAGACAGCAGACAUCUGACCCGCAGAUCUGUAUGCUCCUUUCAUGAUCUCUCUAAAGAUAGACUAGAUGUUUGAGAACUGAUUUAUGUCUGUGUUUAAUUGAUUUACUGAAUUUUUAGAUUCCUGGAGACUUUCCGCUGGGCUAUUCCCAAAGGCUGUCCAUUUUUUAAGGAUGAUGCAUUAUAAAUGGUUAAAAAAAUAAACUUUCCUCUCAAC